AUGUCUGGAAAUCUGCUCGAACAACGGCGCAAGCAUGCCUCGCUCGAAUCGCCAGACUCUGCCACCAUGACGGCCAACCUCAUGAGCAGGAGUUCUUUCACCCUCGACAAUGAACCCCCGCCGACGACCCACAAUCAACAGGCCGCUUCCAAAGGCUUCACAGACCUCCCCGAGCAAGACAAGCGCAACUUUCUAUUACUCGUCUUGCUGUACUUCUUGCAAGGCAUUCCCAUGGGUCUGGCCGCCGGCUCGGUUCCUUUCCUCCUCAAGUCACAUCUCUCCUACGGCCAGAUUGGUGUUUACUCGCUCGCAUCGUACCCCUAUUCGCUCAAGCUGUUAUGGUCACCCAUUGUCGACGCUGUGUGGACGCCCAAGUUGGGCAGAAGAAAGAGUUGGAUUCUGCCCAUUCAGACAAUCAGUGGUUUUGGCAUGAUCUGGCUUGGCUCCCAUGUCGAGGAGAUGAUGGUCAAGGCUGGUGAAAAUGGUGGUGCUGGUGUCUGGAACUUUACUGGAUGGUGGUUCGCUCUGGUCCUGAUGUGCGCCACCCAGGAUAUUGCUGUUGAUGGCUGGGCACUUACCCUUCUAUCACCGUCCAACCUCUCUUACGCCAGUACCGCCCAAACCGUUGGUCUUACCGCUGGCCAGUUCCUCUCCUACACCGUCUUCCUCGCUCUCUCCUCCAAGGACUUUGCCAACAAGUGGUUCCGCAGUGUACCUGGAGAGCACGGUCUCCUUACACUGGGCGGCUACCUCAGCUUCUGGGGAUGGGCAUACCUCCUUGUUACUCUCGGCCUCGCUCUGCUCAAGAAGGAAGACAAGACGAAGGAAAGAGACGGCAUCAUGGAGGUCUACAGAGUCAUGGGUGGCAUUCUGAGCCUCAAGAACAUCCAGACAUUCAUCGUCAUCCAUCUCAUUGCAAAGAUUGGCUUUCAGGCGAACGACGCCGUCACCAACCUCAAGCUGCUGGAGAAAGGCUUCAGCCAGGAAGAUCUCGCUUUGACCGUUCUGAUCGACUUUCCCUUCGAGAUCUCCUUAGGCUACUAUGCUGGAAAGUGGAGUGAGCAAUAUGCUCCCAUGCGUCUUUGGUGUUGGGCAUUUGUUGGCAGACUCGUCGCUGCUGCUUUUGCUCAGUUCACGGUCAUGAUCUUCCCCAGCGGCGGUACUAACCUGCCAUACCUCUGCGUCGUCAUUGUUGAGCACGUCUUCAGCACCUUUAUGAGCACCGUCAUGUUCGUCGCCGUCAGCGCUUUCCACGCAAAGAUUGCUGAUCCACAUAUCGGUGGCACCUACAUGACUCUCCUCGCCACUGUUAGUAACCUUGGUGGCACCUUCCCUCGCUUCUUCAUCCUCAAAUUCGUCGACAUGUUCACCGCUGCAACAUGCACACCCGCCUCCAUCCCACCUCCCGACUUCAAGGGCGACCUGAUCACCAAGCCCUUCUCCUGCGCCCUUGAGAACGACCGCCACAUCUGUGUCAACGGAGGCGGAACUUGCAAUAUUACCACUGAUGGAUACUAUAUUGUCAAUGUUCUUUGCAUCAUUAUCGGUGUAGUGACUUUCUGGGGCUUUAUUAAGCCCAAGGCACUGCAAUUGCAGAGUUUGCCUUUGAGAGCGUGGAGGAUUGCCGAGCAGUAG